AUGUCUUCAAGCAAGGUUUUCUACAGCUCAUUAGACAAGUUGGGUCUCGCAUUUGGGAGAAGUUGUUCGCAAAUGCAAAGUGCGUUUUUGCGAAUUCGAGCUUGCAUUUGCGAUAAAGGGCUGGGCAGGGCAAUCUACACAUUUGCGAAGAAAUAUUUGCAAUCGCGGACAGUCUAUUACCGCUUUUGGGGGCCUCGCAAAUGCGAGUUUUUUGUCGCAUUUUCCACUUAUGUGGUCUGGGGCACUGAUCGCAUUUGCGAUAAGUAUUUCACAUUUGCGAUGAUCAAAAUUAUGAACAAGAGUUCGCAAAUUGUGAUAUAUGCAGCUGGGGUAGUAAAGCACAUGCUCUCAAAGCUACCCUCAAGCAUUCGUCCUAAUCUGAACCUCCAGUUCCGGCGUGCCCUUGAACCUCAUGGAGAUAUACGACGUGCCCGUCAACUGUUCGAUGAAAUUCCCGAACCAGAUAUACGAUCGUGGACGCUCUUGAUCACCGCAUACACGAAGAGGGGUUGUCCAGAAGAAGCAUUGAAAGUCUACGACGAAUUGCGGCAAAGGAAAGUUCUUCCUGAUCAGUUAGCACUGUUAUCAGUAACCAAGGCUUGUGCUACUUUGGGCAACCUUAUAAAGGCAAAAGGGAUUCAUCAAGAUGUAAUUAGAUAUGGAUAUCACUCCGAUUUGCUCCUUGGAAAUGCAUUGAUUGACAUGUAUGGCAAGUGUAAAUACAUUCGAGGUGCAAAAGAGGUUUUUGAUAAUUUAAGUGCUAAAGAUGUAAUCUCUUGGACGUCUAUGAGUUCGUGCUAUGUUAACUGUAAACUUCCAAGAGAGGCGCUAAGGAUAUUCCGUGAAAUGGGGUUAAAUAGGGUGAGCCCAAAUCCUGUUACAUUGUCUUCUAUACUUCCUGCCUGCUCGGAUUUGAAAACCUGCAAGUACUCCAAUAGAAACCAUGGAUUCAGAGUACACUCAAACCAGAUACCUGCAAAUGGAGAAAGGUACCAACGGCUGGUGGGAAAAUUGAUUUACCUAUCUCAUACACGGCCAGAUAUUGCCUAUGCGGUCUCGCAUUUGCGAGGAGUUGUUCGCAAAUGCAAAGUGCGUUUUUGCGAAUUCGAUCUUGCAUUUGCGAUAAAGGGCUGGGCAGGGCAAUCUACGCAUUUGCGAAGAAAUAUUUGCAAUCGGGGACAGUCUAUUACACUUUUGGGGCCUCGCAAAUGCGAGAUUUUUGUCGCAUUUUCCACUUAUGUGGUCUGGGGCACUGAUCGCAUUUGCGAUAAGUAUUUCACAUUUGCGAUGAUCAAAAUUGCUAACAAGAGUUCGCAAAUUGUGAUACCUACAGCUGGGUAA